AUGACGCUGGUGUAUUUUCCGCCUCCGAGGCCACAGGAAUCGCUGGCCCGUCGCUAUGCCCAGCAGAUAGCACAAUCUGCCUGGCAGUUGGCUCUAAGAUUUGGCAAGCGAACCACGAUUCAUGGCUUGGACAGGCUGCUCGGAGCCCGGGCCAGUCGCUGGGAAAGAUUCGUGUGGCUGUGCACCUUUCUGAGCGCUUUUCUGGGCGCCGUCUAUGUCUGCCUGAUACUCUCGAAGCGCUACAACGAGGGACACUUCCAGACAGUGGUGGACAGCACCCGAUAUCCGGUGUAUCGCAUACCGUUUCCGGUGAUCACCAUCUGCAAUCGGAAUCGCCUCAAUUGGGAUCGUUUGGGCGAGGCGAAGAGCAGGUUCCUGCCGAAUGUUACGGAUUCUAACCAGCUAAACCUCUUCGAACGGAUUGUUAGCACCUACGAUGACAUUAGUUUCGGGCACUUUCAGUCCUUCGAGCGACUGCGGAAUCAGCCCACAGAGCUCCUAAGUCACGUAAACUUUAGUUUGGUGGUGGAUUUUAUGAGCUGGCGCUGUGAUGAGCUCCUGGCCGACUGUCUGUGGCGGCAUUAUGCCCACAAUUGCUGUGAGAUCUUCUCGAAGCGUCGCAGCAAGAACGGCCUCUGCUGGGCCUUCAACUCCCUGGAGACCGUCGAAGGCAGACGCAUGCAAUUGCUGGAUCCCAUGUGGCCCUGGCGCACAGGUUCCGCCGGUCCCAUGAGCGCCCUAUCCGUGCGUGUGCUCCUGCUGGCGGAUAAAGACUGGCCGGGACGGAAGAACGAAAAGGGCAUUGAUGUGAUGGUCACAGAGCCUUUCGUCUGGCACAAGGAUCCCUUUUAUAUACCCGCGAAUACGAAGACCACGCUGGAGAUUGAACCCAUCAUUUAUUUCUAUGAUAAUGAUACAAGGGGAGUGCGUUCCGAUCAGCGACAGUGCGUGUUCGAUGACGAGCAUACGAGCCAGGAUUUCAAGUCGCUGCUGGGCUACGUUUACAUGAUUGAGAAUUGCCAAUCGGAGUGCCAUCAGGAGUACUUAGUGCGCUACUGCAAUUGCACAAUGGACCUGCUCUUUCCACCGGGCCAAUACCGGUCGUGCCGUUCACAGGAUUUACUCUGCCUGGCAGAGCACAAUGACCUACUUCGGUACUCACAUCAGCCCGGGGAGGAGGGCUUUGUGCGCAACAAUUUCGAGGGCAUGGUCUGCAAAUGCUUUCGGAAUUGUUACUCCCUCAACUACAUCAGCGAUGUCCGGCCCGCCUUUCUGCCGCCAGAUGUCUAUGGGAAUUUCUCCUAUGUGGAUUUGGAUGUGCAUUACCGCUUCGAGACCAUAAUGGUGUAUCGCACAAGCCUUGUCUUUGGUUGGGUGGAUCUGAUGGUUAGUUUUGGCGGCAUUGCUGGUCUCUUUCUGGGCUGCUCUUUAAUCAGCGGCAUGGAGUUGGCCUACUUUCUCUGCAUCGAAAUACCCGCCUAUGGCAUCCAAGGACUGCGUCAACGCUGGCGUUCCCAUCGACAAAUGGCCACUGUCAUCGACUCGACUGCCACGCCCACACUUAAUUUCCGCCAGACCAUGCCCAGCCAGCUGAUGGAGCAGUAUAUAAUGCAGCUAAAGACGGAGCAGAGUCAACGGAAAACGCUGAAACAGAAGGCCGGCAAUCUACACAGUUGGCAACGCCUGACAUUCGCCCAUAAGCAUGUUAUUAGCAAAUGA